AGCGCGCGGCGCUGUAGUGCUGCACUUGGGCGCGUGUUUGAAACCGGACUACAGCGGUGCGCAGACGGGGGACGGGGCGGCUGCGUGAACGCGCACGGGAGCGCGGAUGAAGCGAGAGUUCCUGCUUCCUUAACUUCUUGCGCGCGCCGUUUUUUUUUGUUGGGACGGGCUAUCACGUCAUUUCAUUCCUCCCUCUUCUUCAUUUCUUCUCCUCCUCCUCCUCCUCCUCCCUCCAUUUCCUAAAUGGAAGUGCGCGCUUUGUGCGCGCCCCCGCUGCUCUUCGUCCCGCCUGCACGCGCUCACUUCUUUCCCGUCGUUUUUCUCACCGCUCGCGCCGAGUGGAAGUGAGAGAGUGUGUGAGAGAGAGAGAGAGAGAGAGAGAGAGAGAGAGAGAGAGAGAGAGAGAGAGAUACAGAAGAGGAGAGAGAGAGACACACACACGGGGAGAGAGAGAGAGUGAGGGGGUGUCCUGAAGCUGCUGGAACCUUUCUGCUGGAGAGGAGGAAGAGGAGGAGGAGGAGGAGGAUGAUGGUGAUGAUGAUGAUGAUGAUGAAGAUGAAGGUGGUGAUGAUGAUGAUGAUGGUGGUGGUGAUUAACUGUGAAGAAUGCUCCACUGACUGAUCGCUCACUCUCUGCUCUUCGAGACUCGCUCCGUUAUUUUUCGCAAAAAUGAUGUAUUCUCCUCUCUGCCUGACUCAGGAUGAGUUCCAUCCGUUCAUCGAGGCGCUGCUCCCGCACGUCCGCGCCUUCGCCUACACCUGGUUCAACCUGCAGGCGCGCAAACGCAAGUACUUCAAAAAGCAUGAGAAGCGCAUGACCAAGGACGAGGAGCGCGCCGUCAAAGACGAGCUGCUGGGCGAGAAGCCCGAGGUCAAGCAGAAGUGGGCGUCCCGCCUCCUGGCCAAACUGCGUAAGGACAUCCGGCCCGAGUGCCGCGAGGACUUCGUGCUCUCCAUCACGGGCAAGAAGCCACCGUGCUGCGUCCUCUCCAACCCCGACCAGAAGGGCAAGAUGCGGCGGAUCGACUGCCUCCGGCAAGCCGACAAGGUGUGGAGGCUGGACCUGGUGAUGGUCAUCCUCUUCAAAGGGAUUCCCCUGGAGAGCACGGACGGCGAGCGGCUGGUGAAAGGAGGCCAGUGCUCCAACCACAUCCUGUGUGUGCAACCGCACCACAUCAGCGUCUCCGUCAAAGAGCUGGACCUCUACCUGGCCUACUUCGUGCAGGAGAGAGAGGCAGCGGAGCAGAGCAGUAGUCCCCGAACAGGUAUUGGUUCAGACCAGGAGGACAGUCGAGCCGCCACAAUGGAUGGGCCUGAGUUUCAGGAGAGCUUCAUCACAUCGGGAGUGUUCAACGUGACAGAACUGGUGCAAGUGUCCAGAACACCGGUGGUGACAGGAACAGGGCCAAACUUCUCUCUCGGGGAGCUGCAGGGGCACCUGGCCUACGAUCUCAACCCCACAGGCGUGGCCAUGAGGAGAACCCUACCCAGCACGUCCUCCAGCGGAAGUAAGAGGCAGAAGUCCAGUUCUGUAGAGGGUGAUAUAGACACCAGCCCCGGAGGAGAGUACUACGCCUCUCCAAACUCUCCGGCCAGCAGCUCCAGGAACUGGCAGGAUGAGAUGGAAGGAGGGAUGUCCCCAACAGUGAAGAAGACUGAGAUGGACAGUCCGUCUCCUCAGGAGAGUUCUCCACGCCUCGGCAGCUUCACACAGCACCACAGACCUGUCAUCGCAGUGCACAGCGGGAUCUCCCGGAGUCCGCACCCAUCCUCGUCGCUGCAUUUUUCAACUACCCCCAUCCUGCCCCAGUCCACCUCCACCUACUUCCCCCACACGGCCAUCCGCUACCCGCCCCACCUCAGCACACAAGACCCGCUCAAGGACCUGGUCUCUCUGGCCUGCGACCCGUCCAAUCAACAGCCCAGCCCGCUGAAUGGCAGUGGUCAGGUGAAGGUCCCCCCUCACUACAUCUCCUCUCAGAUGCUGGCCCCCCCGCCUCCCCCGGCCCUGCCCCGCCUGACGCUGCCCCCCGACUCCAAAUCCAGCACCACCUCUGCAGACGCAGCCUCCAGCUCGCCCACCUCCCCCACAUACUCUGCUCCCGGGACACCACCUGCCAACCGCUCCUUCGUAGGAAUCGCCUCUCGAGACCCUGCUAGUCUGUAUCAGGCUCAGUCCUGGUAUCUGGGGAACUGAUUCGGACACAGCGGAUACACCCGAGGGGGGCGUGGACACGGAUCUGACAUGAAUACAAAUCUCUUUUUGUGGAAUUACGAAAACUAAAACAAAAGAUUGUGAACAAGAUGCAAGAGGGAAAACAGAUAUAUAUGCAGUAUUUGUAUAUAUAUACAGUAUAUGUGUGGAUGUAUGGACAUAUAUGCACACAUAUAUUUAUAUAUGCAUAAAGAUAUAUAAGAUACUUCAGUACACUUUUUUUGGAGACGGACGUCGGGGGACGGAACGUCUGGAGAGAACGAGGAAAGACAGACUGAGCUUGAAAGACUAUGGAUGCGAGGCGCAAGACGAGACAAGACAUGACAAGACAAAAGGAGACGAGACGACAGGAGAGGAGAGGAUGUUGUUUGGGGGCAGACACACACUGAACUACGGGGCAGAGGAUGGAGAGAAAAAAAGACACGUGAUGAAAAAUUUUCAAAAACUAAGCCCGCCUUUGCUUCCCUCCUGGAACGCCCCAUGCCCCGCCCCUAUCCUGCCCCUUUUGCCCCGCCCUCUCCCUUUGCUACAGGUGCUGCUUCCUCAUAUAUGCAAAAUAAGUAUCCUUUAUUUGUUUCUGAACAAACAGGGAGGAGAGUAAGAGAGAGAGAGCGUUUGAACUUUUGCACCGCUGGAGGUGAAGAUGGCCCUGUUGUUCUGUUUUUGUUUCGUUUUUUUUUUUUUUUUUUUUUCUCUCUCUUUUUUUGUUAUUGGGGGGUAUUUUGAAUGUGGGCCGAGGUUUUAGGGGGCAACAUGAGGGGUCGAAGACCUCUCUUGAGUCUAGUGUUCCCUUCAAAUAUCUGACAAAAGGAAAAAAAGGCUUCAUUUCGAAUUAUCGACAAUCAUGUUUCUCUUUCUUUUUCGUUUUUUUUUUUUUUUUUUUUUUAAUCACAUUCUCCGCCAUUUGUUCCACUUCUCAGUGGAAGCCUUAAUUUUUUGGAUGAAACCAUGUUUGUGGUACGUCUGCGGUGCUUUGGGUCGCAGCGAGCCUGCAGAUUUGACAUUUGCAUGCUUUCAUUUACAUACACACACACACAAACACACAAACACACAUAUUUGCACUUACGUAUGCACAUUCACACACAUUAGGGAUGUAUGUUGUUAACGGAUGUUGAUGGAUACACUAAGUGUUGGGCGGACAUAUAGGAUCAAGACCUUCUGUCUUGAUGCUGAAGAGAACCCUCACGUCUGCUGUAUGUGUGGGCUGUAUGUACAUGUGUACACUAUAUGGACAAAAGUAAUGGGACACCUACAGAUUACCAAAUUAUACCUACAAGAGCUUUUACAAAGACUUUGAAAGACCAACCUAAACCCAUAAUCAUUAGUGUGGAGUCAGUCCACUUUUUGCACUUCUAACAGGUGUGCAGUCGCUGAUCACCAGAGUAUUGAACACCAUGCUCUGCUUGAGUUGCUGUGGCUCCUAAACGCUUCUUAUUUGUAAUAAUAAUCACUCAGCUAAUGGUGGAAUACCUCAGCUAAUAGUAUGGAAAUCAACACCCCCGUCCCAAUACACCUUUAGCCCAUAUAGUGUAUAUAUGUGACAGUGUAUAAUUGUAUGUGUGUGUGUGGUAGUGUGUGUAUGUGUGUGUUGUUGCAAUUCAAACACAUUUAAAGCUCCUUAUCCAUCCCAGUUUUGACAAACGUACUUACACACAGAAUAUGUUCUUCGAUUGGUGUAGAUUAAGACUAAAAGUAAGACUUCUAUUUUACAUCUUACAUAGUGACGAGAGAAAGGGAGUAGGACAAUAGAGUAGUUCUGUCAUUACAUGACAGUAUUUGGAUAUUUGGGUGUAGAGAAUAGACGUUUUUUUUCUUAUUAUUAAAAUUUUGUGUCAUUUGUUGAAACUGCAUUGGAAAUUACAGGCAUUGCACUACUUUCAAUUUUUCAAUUUUUUUCCUUUUUUUUUUUUUUUGGUUGCAUUUUUUUGUUUUGGGCCUAAUCAUAUGAAAUGCUGCAAGCCAGAGUUUUUAGGGUGUUUUAGGAUUGUUUAUUUGUAGAAAUUGACUCUUCUUUGUUUCCACUUUUUCUUUCUCUGUUUCUUGUAGAAGGGUGCGCGAGUGUCGACUCUGAUCAGAUCAGAACAAAAAACGCGGCCUGUCGCGCUCCAUUUGCACGCCGUGCUUCCACUUGUAGUAUGUGUGUGUGUGUGUAAUGUUUGAGUGGAUUCCCAUCAGUUUAACAGUGUGCUCUCUCUCUCUCUCUCUCUCUCUCUCUCUCUCUCUCUCUACAGACACAAACACAUACACAUAUAUACACAAAUACACACAUGCAUACAUACCUACGUAUUCAUACACACACAUGUAUGAAUGCAUCUCCUAACAAGAGCUUAAGGAUCUCUUGGAAGGUUGGAGGUUCUGAUUGUUAAAAUUUUGUUUUUUUAGAUUUUGAUAAAAACCGAGGAGAAUGUGAACGAUAGUUUUGAUCGAUAGUUCCCACCUGGGAAGGCCUCUGUUUUUCCAGAAUUCUUUAUAUGUAGACAUGUAGAAUGCCCAUGAACCAGCGGUGUACAAGGCUAACACCUGUAUGUACAGCUCCAGGUCCCUUUUUGCUGGUUAGCGUCUGAUUUAUUCAUUUUUUAUUUGUGUUUUUAUUUUAUUUUCCCCGACAGAACGGGCUUCGCUGCACUCUGAGACGUGUCGACUUGUGUUCAAUUGAAACAUCAGGGCUUAAUAAAGACUCCGCUACCGAACCCAAAAUAAUCACAAAAAGCCAUGAAAAGUGCCUAAGACAUUGCAAAAGAGGUUUAUUUGAUUUUGGGUUGGGUUUUUUUUAAGCCUUUUUAUGAUUCUAAUUAUUAUUAUUACUACUAAAUAUUAUUAUUAUUAUUAUUAUUUAAUCUGCUUUGAACUGGCCCCAUCGUCACCCUCGACAGAGUGGGAUAUUGUGGAGUUGGACAGGUAGAGCACGAAGGUGAACGAACAGAGUGGUAUAGCAAAGCCCAAAGCAGCCACGCCCGCAUAAACCCCGCCCCCUUUCCCAUCCAAAACUGGAAGCAAAUGCAAACGCAUCCCCACAUAAACCCCCUCCUAAACCCCAACGACCAACAACUAAGCCAACACAUAUCAAAGCAUAUUAAAGCUCAGCAGAGUCUACAGCGACAUUAACAGACCUGUUAGUGAGGAUUCCUCACUAACAGUUUGCCCCGCCCACCUUUAUCUCUUAUACCUUCCUUUAUCUCCCACUUCUCCGCACAACUCCGCAACUCCGCUCUAAAUCUCUAAUCUAAGCUUUGCAUACCAGUUCUGUUCAGUCCGAGACCCGGAAUACAUACAAUACUUACAAACGACCUGCGUUCAAGGUGCUGACUAUAUGGAAACUAUAUUGAAAAUCUAUAUAUAUGGAUUUUAUAUAUAUAUAAUAACUGCAUGGUGCUUUUAACGGAAAUAAAAAUAAAUAAUACAAGAAUUAAGCUCAAAUGACCACCGUUCCGCUGACAUGGGCGCAUGGCAGAUACUCUUAGUACGAGCUCUGAAGCUAAACCCCACCCUCUCCCCUCCCCCAUCUCCUUUUAGGACAACUCCUCCCCUUCCCGAACCCCACCCCCAAGCAGGAAUGAGAGCAUUGGAAACAGAUGGGUUUUUACGACAUUUGUACGACAUUGGUUUUCGAAUUUUACCCCUCCGCCCCCCUUCAACUUUGCACGACGUUUUCUAUAAUAUAAUAUAUAUAUAUAACACAUUAUGUGCCUUGCCUUUAGUUAAGAACAAUAAUAAUACAUGAUUGAAGAAUUGUACAUUCAUUUCUUUUUUAUGUAUCUGAGUGUCGCUAAAAGAUGUUACGAAAAAAAAUUGUGGAAAAAAAAAAUUGCUGCAUGUUUGAUUGCUUGUCAUUAUCCGAUUAGGACUAAUAGAUAACUUUAGACUGAGACGGGUGAGAUUGGCUUAUCUCCUAAACCCCCCUCCACACAACCCCUCACCCUCAAACCCUCAAACCCCAACCCCCAACCUUUUAUAAGUACAGUAUGAUAGUCAUCUUUUCAUUGCAUGAAAUCUUUUGCUGCGUUUUUCCCUCCAUUUUCACUCCAUUUCGUUUUCUGUUCUUUUUCUCUCUGCAUCGGCUAACAAUGCCCGUUCUCAGACGAUCGCAGUUCGGUCCCUCACCCACAUCAUUAAUCUGUCCUUUUUUUUUGUUGAACCGUUUAGACUGAAUGUAGCUUAGAGUGAAGUGUUUGAGCAGAGCAGAUGUGAGAACGAGAAGCCAGAAACAGGAAAAAAAAAGUCAGAAAUGUGAAUGAAUAGCACCCUUUCACGCUCGGGAAGUUCGGCCCCGCCCUGGCAGUGCGGAUCAAGGCUCGUAAUCAGGAGGAAUUGGGAAGAUUAGUGCUGACGGUGUCGGGACCUGCUCUCGGAGCAGAGGGAAGCGCUGAAGUGGAAAAAUGUGUUGACACAGCUUUGGGUCUUAACUUCAGGACGUUCGACUCUGUUACAUAUUUACAGUGGAAAAAAAAUAAUAAUGGCACUUUGAAUUUGCAUGAUUUCGUUCCAUACAAUUUUUUUUUUACAAUUUUACUGCUGAUUUUUGCUUUAAACUAGUCAUCAUCAAUUACCAAUCAGCUUAAUCAACAAUAUAAACCCUAAACAUAGUCCAAACUCUUACCCUUGAGAUAAUUUUUCCCCCUCUAGCCCCUCUAGUGAACAGUGCUCCACCAGUGCAACACCCAGUUGAGAUCAUUUUUAGUGGCCCUACAAGCAGUUUCACUUAAUAUGGCAAGCAGCCCACUAGUGGAGGCCCUUUUCCCUCAUUCAACCCAACACCAAGAGAGUGAACAGUGCUCCACCAGUGCGUAUAAUAACCCCAACAAUGAAGCAAAGAGGGUAGCUGGAGCCCAACCACACCCCACACCCCAAAUUGUCUUUGAAGGCUAAAUUAAAGAAAUUAAACUAAAGAUUCUAUAUGCCACUAGCACAUCUUCCAUUUAAACUAUUCAAAUGAAUGUGCUAAUCAAACAACGUGACUGAAUCAUGCAAAUUCAAAGCAUAAUUUUAUUUACACUGAACAUCUAAAUAGUGACUUUACCCAUAGAGAAAUAGAGUAAAGGAGAGCAGCUGACAUUUUAAAAUCUAAAAUCUAAGUAAACUGGGAUGCUUUGGGAAGACAGCACUGGGAGUGCUACAGUGAGAUGUGAAAUGAGAUUGACCACCAGAUUUUGAUUGUCAAAAGCAUUUCGGUUUUGCUGGUCAUGCUGGUCAACUACCAUGACCAAAUUUGGCCAUACUGGUGGUUUUGCUUGGUCUAGUUUGGCAGUGGAGCUUGGUCAGGUUGGUCAUCCAACUUACCUUGCCUGUUUAAAACAGUUUAAUCAGUAUCAGCUGAAAAUUUCAAACACUAGGUUUUGAGGGACUUUAUGAUUGAAAGGUCAGUUUCUCAGAGUAAAGUUGGCAACCAUCCAUAGUCUUGAAUGUUCAGAUUUGUGAUUUAUGAAUAUUCCCCAUAACUUUUUUUAAUUCAGUCCUUUGAUACCAUACGCUGAAUUUGCCAUUUAUGUAUUCGUGUUUUUUUUUUGUUGUUGUUAAAAAGUUGGGGAUAAAUAAUCGUCUUCCUUAAAUGACCCAUCAAAAUAAUCAGAGAGUUUUCCUCCCAGUCUGUUCUGGAUCUGUCUGAACGUGUUGGAAAAGUGGUGACUUGACCUUGUUAGAAAGCGAUUCAUUUCGAUUCUUCUGAAUGCUUUGAUAGACUUAGACUUUCUUUCUUUUCUGCAUCAUUAUUUCUUUCUUCCUUUAGUAGUUAGAGUGUAGGUAAGGUAAUUUAUAAUUGCGUAGUGUAAUGGGUAAUGGGAGUGUGCUGAAAAAGAACAGAGACUGUGUAGUUUUCUUUUUUUUUCUUUUUUUAUUAGCAGGGUCACUAAAGGCCAUGUUCUAGUUUGUGAUGCAGUGUAUAGUACUGUUCCUGCAAUGCGUAUUGCAACGCUGGUAGCUAGAUAAUUAUAAAAAGAAAGAAGUGGAACGAGCAGAAGUGGAGGUUUUGGACGGAUGGUGCCAUAAUGCCGUGGUGCUGUGGUGAAGGUUCUGGCGCUGAUGGUUUACAAACCCCGGCCGCCGGCCUGGCAGGUUAGGAGUGCUGUAACUAAAGGCAUUCCGUUAAAACCCACAUAAUUCACACCGAUAACAAAAGUGCUGUCAUUCAGCAAGCAAUUUUACUUUUUUUUAACAGAGCAGGUGGUGGGACAGGGGUCUGAUCCUGAGGAAGGAGGGAGUGUGGAUUUUGGGUUCAAAUUCCCAGUUCAGCAAGCACUACAUAAUACAUAAAACACCAGUACGCCAUAAUAUACCUAAUGCUUCACACAUAAAUAUAAAGGUGCUAUAAAGGGUUAUUUUAGGGAUGCUACAGAACAGUGGUUUAGUUGAGAUAUGGCAGAUAUUAUGUCCAUUAUUUGCAAAAAUAAUGCAUUAUUUGUGAUCAUUGAUUGGUCUGGCAUAGUACAGCUAAACCAUUCAAUUUAAAUAAAAUUAUAUCCUAUACUGGUCAGGAGCUAAGCUGGUUAACCAGCUUAACUAGCCUCAGCUAACUUUUCUCAUUGAUUGAUUGGUCACAGUUUAGUCACAUGACUAGCAAAGCUAGCAAAAAUGACCUGAAAUAAAACUUUGGCUGUUAAGAUAAGGUUAGAUUAAAUUCCAAGAUUAAAAGUGUAAAAGGUGUCAAAAGUUACACAUAGUGCAGUCAGUCCUCUUUUUAAGGUUUGUAAUGAUUGGAAAUCAAUGAAACAGCAAACAUAAUCGAUUGGCCUUGUAGUGUCACACCUAUCAGGGAUCAGUCUCUGGAAACCAGGACUGGAAACUGGAUUUAAGGUUAAGAUUUACAGGCCUCUGCUAUAGAAGAACCAAUUUUAUUUACACUUAAGCAGUUUUUAAACAAAGAAUACUGCUCAACACUCCAUCAAUAUGAAAUAGUUCUCAAUAGUUUAUCAGUUACAGGUCCAGGUCCAGAUACUGGAACCACGGUUUACCUUUAAAUGAAAUUACCUCUCUUCUAUGGCAUUUGGCACAUAAGGAACCCUCUGAAGCACAUUUAUACUUAUUGUUUAGACUCAUUUUAUCUAUAAUCAUCUACAGUAUACUGACCACACAGUGUCCAGUGUAAAACUGGAAUACUCAGAAUAAGGGAAGGUCCAUUAUGCCCAUUAUAUUGCCAAAGCCACACUCGACCACACAGUUGUUUUAAGUUGUUAAAACCAGCCUAAAAAAAAGCAUGCAAGCUUAUUAAAAUCCUGGGUCAGAUGUCUCCAGCCCACCACCAGUCCUGUGAAGAUUUGCACUGCUCCACACCCACCUAUGUAUAGCUGCCAGCCAGGCCAGGCCACAGCCGGCCACCCUUAGGGGUCAGUAGCCCGAUGCCAGCCUAAAAGACCCUGUAGAAAGGUCUGUGAGCACGGCGUCUGCUUCUUCUUCUUCUUUCUAUUCUUCCUGUUCUUCCUGUUCACGCUCGUUUUCUUUUUGUGCCAGACAGGAGCGCUCGGUAAGAGCUGAUUUGCAGAUUUGAUGCCACCCCAGUCUGUCAUUUUUAAAGUGGUCACAGGUGAGGGUUGAACUUACUAUAACCUUUUGAUGAUGCAUUUGAGCUGGUGCAUGUUUAAGAAAAAAAACAACAAAAUCGAAAUAAAACAACAAAAAAACAAGCAAAAAGCGCAAAAAAAGUGAUAUUUUAUUUCAAAACCCUUGACUAAUAUUUUUAUAGAACAGUAAUUACGAUUGUUAUGCAUAAAAAUGUUGAAAUGUUACAUUUUGAACACAUUAUCUUGUGUAUAAAUGCUUACCAUGUAUCUGGUAGAAUGAGGAAAGCAAAAAGUAAAAGGCAAAAAUGUACAUAAAAAUGUCUUUUUGUAUGAGAAACUAUAUGUGUAUGUUUGUGUGUUCGGGUUUUAGUUGUCAUAAGCUUGUGGCAAAGCCACGAAAAUGUAAAAAAUGUAAAACCUUCCUUCUAAAGGAUCUGCUGUUGUCGGUGCGAGCUCUGCACCGCGAUCGUUAGCCUUUCCUGAGAGGGUAGCUGACUGGCUUCAGGCUUCUUUCGGCCUGGACUCCUGUAAUUUCAGCCUCACUUGUUGUCAUUUUAAACCAGUCCACUUAUUAAAAAAGGAGGGGUUGCGCGAAUUCCGAAUAAUCUUCAUCACCCUCCCGUUUUUUUCCUUCUCCUGAAUUUGUUUGGAUUUGUUUAGAUUCAUUAGAACAUUCUUCACGCAUGCUUGGAAGAUCUUAAAACACUUUCCUUUUCGUUUAAAAGAUUGCACUAGAUAUUUUGCUAUUGAUAAACAAAAAUGUCCUUUUUUAUUUUUUAAAAGUUCCUUUAGAAAUAUUUCUGUUGGUCAACCUUAUAAUGAUGGAAAGAGACUAUGAGAAUACGAGAUAGAAGGAGAGAUAAAAUAGCUGCUUUAAUUGCAUUUUCUUUUUAAUGUUGUCCAUCAGCGUCAACUUAAUUGUUGUACACCAAUCGUACAACUAGGCCCUAUUCUAUAUCAUGUUUCGAGAGGAGUUAUGGUGGAUUGGUUAUCCUGCCGACUACGCCAAUUAUUUUUUUUCAGUGUGUUGAGUUUUGAGAGGCAUUCUAGUUUGUUGGUGAUCCUGCCGACUACGCCAAGUCUCGUUUCAGUGCGUGGAAUGUGUUGUUUAGUAGCGAAUGGUGCAGUUGUGGUGAAGUUGAUGCAGUUGGUGAGAACAAGCAGAGGAAAUUGUGAUUAGCAGGAAUGAUUCAGUUAUUCAGUUCAAGCUAGCAAUCCCCACUCUGAUCAGAGUGCCUUUUUCCAGUCUUAGCCCAGUAUUGAAUGUCAAUGGAGUUCAGCUCUUGAAUGCACUGCUCUGCUUGUCGUCUGGAUGUGCAAUGGCGUAUCGUUUGACCCUGUGCGUGAUUUGAUAUGCUGUGUUUCCCCCCCGAUGGUAAACGUCUCAGUGUUCGAAAGAGAGUAGGAUUAGUACUGUAUUAUAUUAAUAUAGUAUGCAUACAUAUGCACUAUAAGCAUCAGAGAAUGAGGGGUGAGAUAGGGACGAGGCAUAUGGCGAGUAUUUGCACUUUUAAAGUAAGUCGUGUGUAGCUAAACUGAGGGUAAUAGGCAUGAAAUGCCGAGUGUAUUCCACAUUUUCUUCUACCCAUUAAAAAAAGUAUUUCUUUCUUUAUUUUCUUGGCCUGCAGUUCAGCCUCUUGCUGAAGAUAAUUUAGUAAGAUUACCAGACUCAAGCUAGCGAGUCUCUUUAGAGUUUUAGUCGAGUGUUCUUGUUCUUGUUGUUUUUUUUUUUUCUAUUUUCUACCCUUCCAUGGUCUGGAUGAGUUUAAUCUUAUGGUACUAUGAUGUAAGUGAAACAGCAAACCUCUGUGCAAGUUCUUUGUACUAUGUUCCCUUUCCUCGUAUGUAAGGGCUGAACAAAUUUCUUCAGGGCCGAAUCUCUGGGAUUUGGUCUCUACUUUUUUACCAUUUUACAUUUGUUUUCCUUUUUUUAUGCCAGUAGUUUUUUUGUCCAUGGUUCAAACACUUCGCCAUUCAGCUCAGCUCAUUUUAAAACAGCACAGCUAAUACUGAAAUUAUCAGUUGGAUAAAGCUCAGCGUGUGCUGGCAAAACACCUGGGAUAAUCUGCUCUCAGAAAGGCCUUUUAGAGGAAAUCGGUACAAUCCUCACUCACAGAGAUUAAAGAAAGGCAGCUUUACUUUUUUUUAGACUCAGUUUAGAGUUCAACAUCCGUCUCCUGAACUUGCUGAACUGAUCUUAGUUAGGUUAGAGACUGGCUCUGAACAGGCUGCUGGCUCCCUAAUGUUCUUAUGACUUUUCAAACUGUUUAAAAAUAUAAAAUACACUAAUAUUAGGGCUCAACCUAAAUAAAUUUUACAGUGUUUUUCAUAUAUAUCAUGCUAUAUAAUGUCAUUUAGUUACUUUGUGAUUGCUUAGAGUUUUGAGUUUAAAUUUAAUACAGUACUAUAAAGUGUGGACACACAAUGAUACCAGAAUAACAACGCUAAAAUAAGUAUUAUAUUUUUUGCACUAUAAGGUGCACUGGCUAAUAAGAUACACUAUCAAUAAAUGGUCUAUUUUUAUACAUAAGGUUCUUUUCUAAGCAACUCUAGUAAGGCAAGUGUUCCUUCUAAUUCAGCAGUUCUUGCCACGGGAUGGUGAGUCCUAUAAAGCUAAGCUACGCUAAGCUAAGUUAAGUUAAGUAAACAAAAGUGUAAUUCGUAAAAAAAAACAUUUUAGACGAUUCAGACAAGUCAUACGAGUCAAACUGAAAAUUUUAAAUGUACCUUAUAGUGCAAACAAUACAGCAGACAUAUAAAUGUGGAUUAGUAGAACCUUUGCCAGUUGUUUGUCAGAUCAGAAUUAUUAUAUCACUGAAAUAUAUUUUGAAUAUACUUUGAGAACAAUCUGUAACACUUAUAAAAAUUAUAAAAAAGUUAUAAAACUUACUAAAACUGAACAAAACAAUAUUCUUCAGUCAAGUAAUCUGACAGUCAAGUAAUCUAAAUGUACUAUGAUUCAAACUACUAAUAACAUCACCAACAGUAAAAUCCUCUAACUCUGUCAAUUAAGUCCUACAUUUUAGUAUAAAAUGUAUUAAAAAGUAUUUAAAGCUAGGACACGCUCACAUAAUUCUCAUGAUCAUCUUCAGUGUUUCACAUGAUUCUCCUUCAGCUUUAACUGAGAUUUUUUAAACCAUGCUAGCAUUUUGUUGAUGCUAGAUUAAUUAGCUCAUGGUUAGCUACUUGGUCAUACUGGUUGGUUUGCUUGGUCAAGCUGACCAGGCUUGUUGACCAGCUAAACCAUUAAACUCAAACUUAAAAUCAAACUCAAACUUAACCAGCUUGGGCAUUUAUUUAAGCAUUUAGACAUUCUUAGCAUUUCUUGCUAGUUUUGUGUUGAUGCUAACUAGCUAAGUAACUAGCUAGCUUAGUGGUUAGCUCAUGUUUGGUCACAGUGCUAAACUACUAGGCAGCACUUUUUUUUAUGACACGUUUCUUACAGUAAAUAAGCCAAGAAUACAUUUUCUGAGGAUACUUUUGUGACAAAACACAGUCUCAAGUUUUAAGCAAGUUAACUGCUAGCUAGUUCACCGCUAGCUAGUUAACUGCUAGCUAGUUCACUGCUAGCUAGUUAGCAGCACUUGUUAGUGGCUCCUGUUAGCCUGUAGGUCUCUAAAUAGAGCUUAUCCCAGGUGUUUAAACUUAAUUUCUGUACAAGCCAGUUUUCAGACACGCUUUAUUACACUUAUUUUAGGUGAUUUUGGCUCAAUCUUUUAAUGUAAACUGUUGCUAAUGAAGCUGGUGAUGCAAUUUUUCUUAUGCAAACCCUGGAUUUAUCCAUCCAACUACUAGGUGGAAAAAGUGUGUGCCAUGAUUGUGGUGUAACUUAGUGAUUUUGGUGUAGAUCAUUUGUUUUUGUUAGUUUUUAGUCUCCAGUUACUUUCAUUUGAGUUCCUCAAGAAACCAGCAGGUGACAGCAAAGCAGUGAAAGUAUUUACAUGAGAAUAGUAGGAAGUAUAAGUAGUAGUAGAUACCAAAAAAUAACCUGAAACAUCUUCAACGAGCAGUGCCUGAUCGUUUUUUACCACUUCGGUUUACUCUUUCCUUUUUUUUGUCCCUUCCCUUUCCGAAGUGAAAACUCUGAGGUUUCUCCUACGUUUUUUUUUACCACAAGGUUCUGUUUCUUUUUUCUCUUCGUUUUUGACGUGUUUGUUCUCUUGUGAAUUCUAUUGUUUGUGUACCACUUAAGUUGCUUUGGUUCAUUACUCACCAAUCAGAGAGCCAGAUUUACCCGAGCCUCUUAAUAACGAAUACCAUGGCGCGACUGGUGCAAUACACACACCUCGACCAGUCUUUGAGAAUGUUUUAAUUUUUUAUUUUUUAUUAUUAAUUUUAAUUUUGCCAAUGCUAAAACUGUUAGCAAGGGUAAGUCUGGCCUCAGGCGUGACAGCGAGGUUCUUCCGAGGGGAUCUUGGGUUCCUGCUCGUCAUUGUUUCUGUUCAAAGGGGUGAAAAGCCAUGUAAAUGCUUUGCAGUUAUGCAAUCUUUUGAUAAUAAUAA